UGUUUACAUCUGUGUUAAAUGAAGAGUGUACAGUAGAGAUUAAAUGUCUUUUGUUGUCAUUUGUAUGGGGUGGGAUUUAAACUAGUACAUUCUAAUAGCUGAGAGAGUGAACAGUGUUCACAACAAUGUAUUGGAAAUGUUUUAAGACAUAGCUUGGGAUUUAACUCUCUCUUCUUCUACUAUUUUUUAUUAUUAUAAGCAUUUAUCUAUCAUGGCUUUAGUUCUGCAUUUGAAAUAUGCUGAAAAUUUACGAGGAAAAGGCGACCGUUUGGCUAAAGUCACUUUUAGAGGAGUAUGCCACUACACAAAGAUUGUUGACUCAGAAGAUUCUGCUUUCUAUGAUGAGGUAUUUGAGUGGCCGGUGGCACGUCCGAUUGAAAAAGAUGAAUUUAUUGAUAUUCAGAUCCUUAAUUAUAAUAAAUACCUCAGCAAUAGACUAAUAGGUACCUUUAGGAUGAUCCUACAAGAACUGAUUGAAGUGGGUACAGUAAAGAUCUCUGACAAUCUACUUGAUGGAAACAAUGUUGUGAUGAAGACAACAGUGACCUUUGAACUUACAUAUAAUGCACCAGAUGGGUCAGUUGGUAUGUGGCAAAGAGGUGGCUUUGAGAAACUAAAAACUGAUGAAUUACGGCAGCCUCUAUCUGAAGAUGAACUGAACCUUUUGAAUAUAAAACGUAGUCGUAGUGGAGAUCGUAGUGAUGGCAGUGACACUAUCUCUAUUGCAUCAACUAAGUCCUCCAUUAGGGGGUCAAAGUUGAGUCUGGCUUCAUCCAAAGGUGGAGGCAGAUCUCCAAGACAUUCAAAGGUAUUUAAGUCAGCAGUGCAGAUGAUGAUGACCGUGAACAGACGACCCUCAGGAAUCUUAGAUGAUAAACAGUCUUUACUGGAACCUGAACCUGAACUGGAAGACACAAGUUUGGAUGCUAAGGCAGCAGAGAUGGCGUCAUUACUGGGACGAAGGUCAGACAUGGAUGAUGACAAUGCAAGUGAUGGUCGUGCAUCAACAAUAACUACACCAAUUACACAGAGAAGAAACAGAGGGAAAUCCCCAAAUAUUGAACCGCCAUCUUUAAAAGCUCAGGACUUUCAGGUCUGUGUAACAGUUAUAGAAGCCCGACAGUUAGCUGGUGUAAAUAUGGAUCCAGUCGUUUGUGUUCAAGUAGGAAAUGAGAAAAAAUACACAAGUGUCAAAGAAUCUACAAACUGUCCUUAUUACAACGAGUAUUUUGUAUUUGACUUUCACAUGGCUCCUGCAAUGUUAUUUGAUAAAAUCAUCACUCUGACAGUAUGUCAGUCUGGUCGACUUCUACGCAGUAAUAAACCAUUAGGAAUGUAUAAAUUGGAUGUAGCCACCGUCUAUGCAAGCCAAGAUCACCAGUUUUACCAUAAGUGGGCCAUGUUAACUGACCCAGAUGACAUCAAUGGUGGUUUGAAAGGAUACCUUAAAUGUGAUAUUGCUGUAAUUGGCAAAGGAGAUUCCAUAAAGGUGCCUCCAAAGACAGACAAAGAUGAGGAUGAUAUUGAAGGAAAUCUGUUGUUACCAGAUGGUGUGUCCUCCGACAGAUCACGUGCUAAAUAUGUGAUACGUAUACACAAAGCUCAGGGCUUACCUAAGAUGAACACAGGAAUUGUAGCCAAUGUUAAGAAAGCCUUUACUGGUGAAAGUAAAGAUCUAGUGGAUCCUUAUGUUAAAGUGUCCUUUGCUGGUCAUGUGGGUAAAACAGAUGUACAGAAAGGGUCAUAUGAACCUAUAUGGAACCAGCAGAUAGUAUUCACAGAAAUGUUUCCACCAUUAUGUCGUAGACUCAAAAUACAACUACGUGAUAAAAAUAAAGUCAAUGAUGAUAUUAUAGGAACCCACUUUUUAGAUCUAGCCAAAAUAUCCAAUGAGGGAGACAAAGGUUUUCUCCCAACUUUUGGGCCUUGUUGGAUAAAUUUGUAUGGGUCAACAAGAGACUACAGUUUAUUAGAUGAACACACCCACUUGAAUGAUGGACUUGGUGAAGGAGUGUCUUACAGAGGCAGAAUAUUGGUUUCCAUGAAAACAGAAAUUUUAGAGAACUCUGACUCUUCCUGUCCUGCCUCUGUAGAAUUAGAAACUGCAUUACCUGUACCUGAGAAUGCAGUUGGGAAACCAGAAGAGUUUUUCCUCUUUGGAUGUGUUACUGAAUCUACCAUGAUAGACAAGAAAUAUGCAGAUAAACCAGUUCACUUUGAAAUCAGUAUUGGAAAUGCAGGUAAUACAUUAGAUGGUUAUAACCCACCAACGAAGAAAAAACGCAGUGACAGUAGUAGUGAGGAAACCGAGUCGGAUGAAUCAGCUGAUGAAGAUCAACCAUUAGUAUCCACCACUGUUUCUUCUGAACAACCAAAAUGGCAGAGUACAACGCCACCAUUACGGCCAAUUUCUAGAGACAAAUUUUAUUACAAUUUGCCAUAUUAUGAGGACAAGCCAUGUAUUUAUGUAAAGCAGGUGUUAGAAGAUCAUAGGAGGAGAAUGUAUAACUCUAACAUUAUAGACAAAAUAGCGGAGAAACUGGAAGAUGGCAUUCAUGAUUUCAACCACAUGUUAACUGAGGAACAACCUUUUCCAGAAAAACGAUUAAGGGGUGUAUUUGAAGAAUUAGGAUCAGGUUGUUCUAAGUUUGUUUCCAUAGUUAGAAGUACUAAUGCUGGUUCAGGAGCUGGAAAAACUAAACUCGACAAAGAAAGACAGAAAUUAUUGUUACGAGAAAUGGACCAGUUGUCCACUAUGGCCAGAACAAUGAAAGCUACAACGACAAAAAGUAACAUGAAAGAUAAACUACGCUAUGCAAACCAGUUCUUACAGAAACUGAAAAAUAUAUCUCAGGAGCCCCAACAUGCCCUCCCUGAUGUAUUUAUAUGGAUGAUCAGUGGAAACAAAAGAUUGGCUUAUCAACGGUUACAUGCUAAAGAUCUUAUUUACUCCAUUGUUGAUGAAGAGAGGGGAAAAGAUUGUUCCAAAGUUCAGACAUUAUUCUUACGGUUACCAGGAAAGAAGGCUACCAGUGUAGCAGGUUGGGUAAUACAGGCCAAAGUACAAGUGUAUUUAUGGUUAGGACUGACAAAACAUAAAAAGGACUUUCUUACUGGUCUUCCUGGUGGAUAUGAUCAAAACUCACUUAUGCAAAUAGCUAAUAAACCUCAUGGUGUUCCCCCUCCAUUUAUACACUUUACAGAGAGACAAACAUUCCAAGUUAGAGCCCACAUGUACCAGGCUAGAAGUCUGAUAGGUUCUGAUGCCUCAGGACUGUCAGAUCCAUUUGCUAGAGUUGUCUUUAACAACCAGAGUGUGGCUACACAAGUGAUUGAGGAGACACUGAGUCCAACCUGGGAUGAAAUGUUAAUUAUAAAUGAGGUGGAGAUAUAUGGAUUGAUGCAGGAAAUAGCUAAAUAUCCACCAACCAUUAUAAUAGAACUGUUUGAUCAAGAUAAAGUGGGGAAAUCAGAAUUUAUUGGCCGAGCAGUGGCCAGACCAAUUGUUAAGAUGAGCUCUGAAAGUUAUGAUGGACCUAAAUUCCCUCCACGCUUAGAAUGGUGGGAUAUCUAUAGAGGACCCGACAAAGCAGGAGAACUUUUAGCUGCUUUUGAAAUACUCCAGUUAUCUCCCUUUGGUGAUAUGAAAGGUGGAGAAGAUUUACCUCCCUUAGAAAUGCCAGAACUAGGAGAUAAAGAUCGUGGCCCUGUUAUGCCUGUACCUAAAGGCAUACGACCAAUACUUAGUAAACACAGAAUCGAGGUUUUAUUCUGGGGAGUAAGAGAUCUUAAGAGAGUCCAAUUAUCAACAGUGGAUAGACCAAGAAUAGACAUCGAGUGUGCUGGGUCCAUUAAACAAUCAUCUGUUAUACAACAUACCAAGAAAAAUCCAAACUUCAGUGUGCUGGUUAAAUCAUUUGAUGUGGAGUUGCCAGAAAAUGAAAAUUACUGUCCACCAAUUACAAUUAGAUGUAUAGACUGCCGUAACUUUGGACGAUAUGUUCUGGUUGGAACACAUGUAAUUAACUCUAUACACAAGUUCAUGUACGUUCCUACUACAAAGAAAGCAAAGGCAGCACUACAAAAGUUAUUCCCUGGAAAAGACCCUGAUGCUCCAAAAAUUAUUGGACCUCAAGUUUCAGUAAAGGUUGAUGAUGUAGCCAUUACUAUGCCAGAUGAAAGAUUCCCUCUUAUCAACAAAAACAGACCACUUGCAAUUGAUGUGGCAGACAAGAAGAAACAAAAAACAGCUGAAAAUAAACGAAAGAAGAAAUCUCUGCCCGAGGAUGAGGAUGACCUUGACCUUGAUAAUUUAGAUUGGUGGAGUAAAUACUUUGCUUCUGUUGAUACAUUGAUACAGGAUCCCAAUUUGACACCUGAUGAGGAACAUGAUAAAAACAAAAGGAAUGAUAUCAUUGACCCAGUUGACCUUGACAAUCAGACAGAUAUACCAAUGAACAAUAAUCAGGGAACAACUCCAUAUGGCUCUAUACCUAAUGGUGACAGUAAAAAUGAAGAUGAUCCAGAUUAUAACCCAAAAGAAGCAAAGAAGAUGGAAGCCACCUUAAAAAAGAUGGAGAAACAGGAUGAGAAAAGAACAUUAAAAGGCACAGCGAAAGCAGUCACUCUUGCCUCAAAAAUGUCUCCUAAAGCUCAACGCAAAAAAGAUAAAGCCAAAAACACAACAUCUCAGUUAAAGUCUAUAUCAUCUAAUGUUGGCAUGUUUAUCAACAAAGCAUUUGAUAUGGGUGAACAAGAUGCUGAGGAAGAGAUACCACUUACACGAGACAAGGAAAUAUUUAAGGUUUAUCCAUUUGAACUAGAAAGUGUGCCGGAAUUCAAUGGCUUCACAGAUUGGCUGCAUACUUUUGAUUUAUAUCGUGGUAAAAGUACAGGAUCAGCAGAAGAUGAUGAAAGUCGAGUUGUUGGUAAAUUUAAGGGAUCACUUAAGAUUUACAAGAUACCACUGCCAGAUGAUAUAGAGGACACUGCAAUAGGGGGAGGUAACCCACAACUUGGUUUGUUCCAGGGAUUACCUGGUAAUGAACCCAUCAAAGUUUUAGUGCGAGUUUAUGUUGUAAAGGCAACAGAACUACAUCCAGCCGAUAUAAAUGGAAAAGCUGAUCCGUAUCUUGUUAUCCGACUUGGAAAUAAUACUGUCAAUGAUAAGGAAAACUAUAUCUCCAAACAACUUAAUCCUGUGUUUGGCAAAUGUUUUGAGAUGGAAUCAACUUUUCCUAUGGAAUCCUUCCUUACUGUCCAAGUGUACGAUUGGGAUUUGGUUGGCAUGGAUGACUUGAUUGGUGAAACCAAAAUUGACCUUGAAAACAGAUAUUACAGUCGACAUAGGGCCACUUGUGGCAUUUCGAAUAAAUUUGAACUGACUGGAUACAAUGCAUGGAGAGAUCCUUUGAAGCCUACCCAGGCAUUAGCCAAGCUAUGUAAGGAUGGUAAAAUAGAUGGUCCCCAUUACCAGCCAGGGAAAGUCCGAGUGGCUAAUCGUAUCUUUACACAGCCUAUCCUGGCAAAUGAUGAGGAGGAUGGGGCAACAAGUCAGGAAGAAAACCUUGCUUUAUCAGUAUUAAAGCAUUGGGAAGAAAUACCAAAAGUUGGUUGUAAAUUGGUUCCAGAACACAUAGAAACACGGCCACUUUAUAACCCUGACAAACCAGGCAUUGAACAGGGUAAAAUUGAGAUGUUUGUUGAUAUGUUUCCCAUGGAUAUGCCCCCACCUGGACCCCCUGUUGAUAUUAGUCCCAGGAAACCAAAAAGUUUUGAGCUGAGAUGUAUUAUAUGGAAUACUGAUGAUGUUGUAUUGGAGGAUGAUGCAUUUUUUACUGGGGAGAAAAUGAGUGAUAUUUAUGUGAAGGGUUGGAUUAAAGGCCAGGAAGAUAUGCAGAGUACAGAUAUUCAUUAUAGAUCCCUAACUGGGGAAGGAAACUUUAAUUGGAGAUUCUUGUACCCCUUUGAUUAUUUGGUUGCUGAAGAGAAGAUUGUCAUUUCACGGAAAGAGUCACUGUUUUCUUGGGAUGAAACAGAAACAAAGAUCCCACCACGAUUAAAUUUACAAGUUUGGGAUGCUGACCAUUUCUCUGCAGACGAUUUUCUCGGGGACUUAACACUUGAUCUUAACCGUUUUCCACGUGGAGCAAAGUCGGCCAAAUUAUGUACCUUAGAUAUGUUGAAAACCGAUGGGUCUGUCCCACAGAUGUCACUGUUCAAACAGAAGCGUGUUAAAGCAUGGUGGCCAUUUGUUGUGAAGAACGAUGACGGAGAGUAUGAAUUGACAGGAAAAGUUGAAGCUGAGUUACAUCUGAUGAGUGGAGAGGAAGCUGAAAAACACCCAGCAGGUGCAGGAAGGAAUGAACCAGACCCACUAGAAAAACCAAAUCGACCAGAUUCUUCAUUUAUGUGGUUUCUAAAUCCCUUCAAAUCUCUCAAGUACAUCUUAUGGCACAACUAUAAGUGGAUGAUACUCAAGCUGUUACUGGUAACUCUUCUGAUUGCUUUACUGGUUCUAUUCUUCUAUGCUAUGCCUGGUUACACAGUCAAAAGGAUGUUUGGAGCGUGAUUAGAACUUCAGUGACAAAGAGUCAAAAGUUUUUAUGCAUGUUUGUAAUGAUGGUGUUUAUAGCAAGUUGUACUACAGCACAUACAAUUUUGUAUAAAUAUUUUUUAUUGUUAUUAUUUAUUGUAAAUACACAUUCCAAACUAUCUGUGAUUAACAGGAGUUUUAUUGGUAGACAAAGACUUCUGUUUUUUUUUUUGAUUUGUUUGACGGAUAAAAUAAUGAUGAUUCAAAUGUAAAAAAAGAAAAUGCCCAGAUCUAAUGGAAGGAAAUAUUUAUGUAAGUUAAAUAUGUGUUCAGUUUAGAUAAACACAAAAAGAAAGCUUUUUGAUCUUUUUAAAGAAUGUUUAAUAAUAUGAUUAUGAUGUGGAUACACUGCCACAUUUCUUUUUGAUUUAAGAAUUGCUAAUAUCUUUUUUAUAUCUAUUAUAUAUAAUUAUUGCUAUGAAAUAUAUUUGUUAUGUGUAUGUUGUAAAGGACUGCAAAUUAUGCAGUAGAAAAUUAGAGAUACAAAGUACUAGAAAAGAUGAUCUUUAAUUAUACUUGGAUAUGGUCCCACCUAUUUAUAUUUGUAGUGAAAAGUCUAGAUAUUUACCGAAACUGAAGCAUGAGACUACAAAUAUCCUGACAUAGUAAUGUUAAUAAACAAUCUUAAGCAUUAUAAUUUUUACCAAAAUUGUUAUAAAAAAUGCUGAUGAGCUUAGUAGCAUUUUUUUUUUCAGUUCAAUGAAUUUUGUGUAGACCAAACUCUGCAAAAGUAGAAACGAUGUUUAAUUUAAACUAUUGUAACAGAGCAUGCAAUAAAUAUACCUUUGUUAUUCAACCUGUAUUUAUCAAACACCUGACUGUAAGGCCUUAAGUUAUAAUCACUCGUAUUACCACUAGGCCUAAAAAAAAAUAGUAACUUUUCAGGUCACCUUGCAAAUGGUUAUAAUCACUCAUUGGGUCACCGGGACUAAGAUUAUCAUCACUCACCCGGUCCAAGUAUAUAACUACUUGUUAUAUCACCAGGCCCAAGGAUAUAAAUAUUCAUUAUAUAACCAGGCCCAAGGAUAUAAUCAGAGUGUACUCUUCUGGUAACCGUGCCUAAAGUCAUAAUCAUCCUAAAGGUCACCAGGUCUAAGGUUAUAGUAGUCAUGAAGUAACCAGGCCUAAGGUUACAGAAGAGAUGAAGUCACCAGGCAUAAGGUAAUAAUCAUUUUAUGGCUACCAAAGCUCAGGUUAAAGUCAUCUAUAAGGCACAUGACCUAAGGUUAUAAUCACCCAUAAGGUCAUCAGGCCUAAGGUUGUAAUCUCUUGAUCAAGUCACUCAUAAGUGACCAUGCCUAGGGAUAUCGACACUCAUGAGGUCAGCAGGUUUUAAUAUAUCAAUUAUCAAGUUAUUAGACCUAACAUGAAAAUCUUUCAUCAAUUCACCAGCCCUAAGGUUGUCAUCACUCAUAAGUUCGCAUAUAGGUUACAAUCAUGCAUAAAAUAACAAGGUUAUGGUUAUAGCUACUUAUGAGGUCACCAGCAUAAGGAUAUAAUCACUCGUCACAAGACCUAAAGUUAUAAUCAAUCAUCAAGUCAUCAGACUUAAAGGGGAAUCACCAAUCCUAAGAUUAUAAUUUCACAUAGAUCACCAGGCCUAAAGUUUAAUUACCAAUCCUAAGGUUAUAAUUUCACAUAGAUCACCAGGCCUUAAGUUUAACCACCAAUCCUAAGGUUAUAAUUUCACAUAGAUCACCAGGCCUUAAGUUUAACCACCAAUCCUAAGGUUAUUAUUUCACAUAGAUCACCAGGCCUUAAGUUUAACCACCAAUCCUAAGGUUAUAAUUUCACAUAGAUCACCAGGCCUUAAGUUUAACCACCAAUCCUAAGGUUAUUAUUUCACAUAGAUCACCAGGCCUUAAGUUUAACCACCAAUCCUAAGGUUAUAAUUUCAUACAGAUCACCAGGCCUUAAGUUUAACCACCAAUCCUAAGGUUAUAAUUUCACAUAGAUCACCAGGCCUUAAGUUUAACCACCAAUCCUAAGGUUAGUAAGAUCACCAGAUCUAAGGACAAAAUCACUAAUGGAUCAUGAGGUCUAAGGUUUCAAUUUGUUUUGGAGAUAAAUGGUAAAGCGAACAGUGUAAGGUUCCAUUAGGCAAAUCAAGAUAAUAAUAUUUCCAGUUAUCUAACCUAUCCUAAUAUUCCAGUUGAAAUAAGAACAAAUGGAAAAUAUCUUAAAAUAUUGGUUGAAUAGCAUUAUCCAUUGUUUACAUUGAAACUAGAAGUCCAUGUACUGGAUACUUUUCCUAGACCUUAAUAGUUUCCCAUUAUUGCUGCAUGUUCAGUGGAGAUGAAUUCAUAACCUCUCUUGUAGAAUUAUGUAUAUAAUUAGUCCAAUCUUAUGUAUUGUUAUCAUAAUAGUCCCUUCUCUAUUCAGAUCAGGUCAGAGAGUUAAACAUUGUAAAUAUUAUAAAGUUUGUACUUAAUCUUUUUGAAGCAGAUAUUUUCAAUCGUCUUUUUUGCAUCUGGUCAUAUGUAUUUUGAAUUCAGCUGCUGAAAUGAAAACAGUUAAAGAAGGAAGGGUAAAAUUUACUGGUAAAGUUAAAUCAGGAUAGUUGAUAAUGGGAUUCAAUUUACUGGUAAAGUUAAAUCAGGAUAGUUGAUAAUGGGAUUAAAUUUACUAAUAAAGUUAAAUCAGGAUAGUUGAUAAUGGGAUUCAAUUUACUAGUAAAGUUAAAUCAGGAUAGUUGAUAAUGGGAUUCAAUUUACUGGUAAAGUUAAAUCAGGAUUGUUGAUAAUGGGAUUCAAUUUACUGGUAAAGUUAAAUCAGGAUAGUUGAUAAUGGGAUUCAAUUUACUGGUAAAGUUAAAACAGGAUAGUUGAUAAUGGGAUUCAAUUUACUGGUAAAGUUAAAACAGGAUAGUUGAUAAUGGGAUUCAAUUUACUGGUAAAGUUAAAUCAGGAUAGUUGAUAAUGGGAUUAAAUUUACUGGUAAAGUUAAAUCAGGAUAGUUGAUAAUGGGAUUACAUUUACUGGUAAGGUUAUAUUCAGUGUUUUAUGAAAGGUUUAAUAUAAUUUUUAAGUAGCUUUUAUGGAAGUUAUAGUACAUUUGACCAGUUGCACGAAGAAAACUUAUAAGGUUGUAGUUUCUCUGUAUAUACUUGUUAAAUCUAUUGUUAUAUUUGUGCAAUAAUGUGAUAUUUUAUAACACUUUUGUACAGGUUGCACUUUUUGUUGAUUUUUUUCUUGUUUAUGUACAAUUUUUAUUGUUAUGAGAUUUUUGCCUGCAGUUUGUCAUCAUUUUUUUUCCUGUCCUUGGUGAAAACAGUUGGUAUCAGGAUUUUUUUCUUGUCAUGCUGGCAAAAGAUUGGUAUCAGUUUUUGAUUGUCAAUCCUGGCAACAUAUUGGUAUUGAUUUUUGCCAUGCCAUGCUGGCAGAUUUUCUCUUGCCAUGCUAGCAACAGAUUGGCAUUUGUUUAUCCCUUUCCUUGCAGACAACAGAUUGGUUUAGGUUUUUGCAUUUUAUAGAGCAAUGGCCUAAAUUGAUUGAGAUUAUACCACCACAACUGGUGAUGCACAAAUUUGUGACAUGUAUGUUAAAUUGUUGUAUAUACUCAGACGAAGAAAGAAGUGUUUGGUGUGAAGAAAUAAAAUCAAUAAUCUCAAGAAUGUUUGUCAUAAAAAAGAAAAACUGGUUUUGUCAUUUUAUAAUGGACUUACUCAUUGUUUGAAUGAUUAGAGCAAAACAGCUAGAACUUUACUUUAUCAAAUUCAUAACUUUAAAUUAGAUGUAUUAGCCAUGUUUUUCUGUGAAAGAACAAACAUGCACACAAAAUUACAAUGUCAGACAAUGACAGUUAGAUUAUACUUUUUGUAACCUCUUUGUUUGUACUGAAUACUUUAUGGUUGUGUGAUGGCAAUGAGAUUUUUUUACUUAAUAGAUACAUUUUUACUGUAGCUAUCAUUGUCUCAUUAAUUAGUAUAACACUUUAUCAUCAUUUUAACUUAAAUUGAAUUUAUAUGGUCAUUGCAAGUAAUCAUAUUUUUUACCACAUUCAAGUCCAAAAUUUCAAUAGCAAUAGAUACAUGCUUAAAGGACAUCUAACAAUGUGUAUGAAAUCCUCUUAUGAAGCUUUAUUUGAUAAAAUGAUAAAAAUAAUCUGUUAUGAAUUAGAUUUAUUCACUUGGUUGGCAAAUUCUAUUUCAUAAAAAAAUAAACAAUAACUGUGUCCUUUUCUGCUCUCCUUAGAGUCACUUGAAGUGAUACUCAAAACAAUCAUUUUUUUCUCAGUAGAUUUAUUUUCUUGGAUGAAACUUGUAUUUACACAAGUGCUUAGAAUGUCCAUGAAAGAUUGUAUAGCCAAAUAUUGAAUACAUUUGUGAGCCAAAGGCAAGCUAGUCAUAAAAAGAAAAGCUCUUAUAUUGUUGUGCUGAAUUUUUAUAAAUUAUAAUGUAAAAAAUUGUGCACUUGGUAAUGAAUUGAUGGUUUAUAGAAAAAAUGAGAAAUUCCACUUAUUCCCCCCAGUGGAAUAAGAAUAAAGACAAGGAUUUUUUUAUCUCAACUGGUAAAAAUACAACUUUUGGGGUACGUAAGAACUUCUGAAUUGUAUAAAAAUUAUUUUUCAAACUUCAUAGAAAUAAAUGCUGAUUGAAGGUUUAAAUUCUUAUGUCACAACUGUGGUGGCAAGCAAACAGCCAAGUUUUGUCAUUUACUAAUGGUAGACUGCCUGCUAUGACCUGUGAGUGACUAUUGCCUAAUGUCAACUAUAAUUUAGGUGGCAAUUUGCCUCUUCUGGCAUUUUGGAAUACAUUAAAUUUCUUUUUUAAUGCCCCCGCCGUCUGUCCCAUUUUCGUUUCCGCACUCUAACUUUAGUUUGCUUCAUGCAAAUUUUAUGAAACUCAUACACAACGCUAAGAACCACAACAGGCAGACAGAGUUCAAAUUUGGGUUGUGAGUCAUUUAUGGUUCUAGAUUCUCCUUUUUGCAAAGCUUGAGCGGGGACAUUCAUAUCCUCAGACACAUUCUUCUUUUUUUAGAAUAAGAUUUGUUUUUAACUUGGUCUGAUUCUCAAUGACCCAUAUGAAAAAGGAAAUAUCUUGAAUGAUGAUGAAUGAUUAAUUUUUUUUCAGACCUGGAAUAUUUGUUUUCUAUGUAUCAUUUUAUCGUAAAAGGGCAGUCAUUUUGAAGAAAUAGAUUUUUUUAAAUUAAAUUGUUUCAGUGAACAUGUGAACUUAAAUUCAGCACAACAUUAAUUUGAGUGUGUAUUGAGCCCUGAAAGUGUUCUAUCAUAAUUACCUGUUGUACUUGUUGUUCUUUAAUAAAGAAAACCAUUCCAUA